AUAAACUGGAUGCAACAGAAUUUAUUACAAUUGAUAAUGAUGAUAGUCUGGAAUAUGGAGGUACUGAAGUUACUGAUGAAGAAAUAAUUAGCUGUGUAAGACCAACAACACUUGAAACAGAGCAAGAAGAAGAAGAAGGAAUUCCACAAACAAUUACUACAGCAGAAGAAGCUCUGGAUGAAGAUGAAGAUGAUUCAAGUAUG